CUAGUGCCGGCAUUAACGGAGAAGAGAAGAGUCCCUGGGUGAACAAGUAUACAACCGGGAUAUUCAAGCGAAUAAAUGCCACCAAGUAUGACUGAGAGCUCGGCGAAUAAGUUGAUAAAUGGAGAUGUUUGCCACCGGACCGCAAACGGUAAAAAAUCUUCGGGAAGGAACGGUUUCGUGAAGAAUCAUUGUUUGUUCCAACAACCGCAACAGAAGAAGUAUCGGCGCCCGAGUGAGAAGAACAACCAUGCUGUGCGUAACGCCAGCCUGUACAACAAGCCGUUUGUGGAGCAGUUUGAGGAGACUCCUCUGCUUGUGGCGGUUCUCACCUACGUGGGCUACGGCAUCCUCACCAUCUUCGGGUACCUCAGAGACUUCCUGCGGAACUGGGGCGUCGAGAAAUGCCACGUGGCCAGUGAGAGGGAUGAACAGAAGGACUUUGUUCCGCUGUACCAGGACUUUGAGAACUUCUACACCAGGAAUCUAUACAUGCGUAUCCGUGACAACUGGAACAGGCCUAUCUGCAGUGUCCCUGGAGCCAAGAUGGACCUGGUGGAGAGAACCUCCAAAGACUACAACUGGACCUUCGAACACACAGGCAAGGUGGUGAAAGACGUGAUCAACAUGGGUUCUUAUAACUACCUGGGCUUUGCUGAGAACACUGGGAGGUGUGCUGACAGUGCCACAGGGUCGACACACAAGUACGGUGUGGGAGUGGGCAGCACCCGCUCUGAGAUGGGUAACCUGGACAUCCAUGAGGAGUUGGAGCAGUUGGUUGCUAGGUUCCUGGGGGUGGAGUCAUCCAUGGCGUUUGGGAUGGGCUUCGCUACCAACUCCAUGAACAUUCCUGCUCUCGCUGGGAAGGGCUGUUUGAUUCUGAGUGAUGAGUUGAACCAUGCCUCUCUGGUGUUGGGGGCGCGCCUCUCUGGCGCCACCAUCCGCGUCUUCAAACACAACAAUAUGGUGAGUCUAGAGAAGCUGUUGAGAGAUGCCAUUGUUCACGGCCAGCCCAGAACACACAGGCCCUGGAAGAAGAUGCUCAUUCUGGUCGAGGGAAUCUACAGUAUGGAGGGCUCUAUAGUACGUCUGCCUGAGGUGAUAGCCCUGAAGAAGCAUUAUAAGGCCUAUCUGUACCUGGAUGAGGCCCAUAGCAUCGGAGCUCUCGGACCACGAGGUGGAGGGGUGGUGGACUACUUUGGUCUGGACCCCAAAGACGUUGACAUCAUGAUGGGAACAUUCACGAAGAGCUUUGGUGCUGCUGGAGGGUACAUCGGAGGGAAGAGGGAGUUGAUAGACUACCUGCGGUCCCACUCCCACAGUUCAAUCUAUGCCACGGCCAUGUCCCCUCCCGUGUCACAACAGAUCAUCACCUCUAUGAAGAUCAUCAUGGGAGAGGACGACACCACUCUGGGGGCGGAGCGUCUAAAGCAGUUGUCAGAAAAUACCAUAUACUUCAGAAGGAAACUCCGAGAGAUGGGAUUCAUCAUCUACGGAAACAAUGACUCUCCUGUCGUACCCAUGAUGCUCUACAUGCCCGCCAAAAUAGGGGCGUUUGGCAGGGAGAUGCUGAAGAGGAACAUUGGGACGGUGGUGGUUGGCUUCCCUGCCACACCCAUCAUAGAGUCCAGGGCCAGGUUCUGUGUGUCUGCCGCACACACCAGGGACAUGCUGGACACGGCAUUGGAGGCCAUCGGUGAGGUUGGGGAUGUGUUGCAGGUGAAGUACUCCAGACAUCAUGAUUUCCCCUCCUCCCUGGGUCCAUGGUCCUCUGCGGAGAGUCUGCUCCUGGAGCCCAGCCACGUCAAGUCUUCUUGUCAUAUAACUAACUGAACCAGCUACACCAGGCAUACUUGCACGUUUGUUUGUUUUUGCACUUACCUGGUGCACCGGCUCUAAAUCAGUCCCUGACUAAAGAAUGAAAAUGUAGAAGUGGAACUUAGUGGAUUUGAGUAUCUCUUGACCUACACUACAGUGGGGCAGGGAUAAAAAAGUCACCAAGGUCCUAUCGUGUGUGUUCGUUUCGAAGUGUGUAAGCCCCUAUCGUUGUCUUAAUGUAUCUUAACUUAUUGUGAAUUAAUUUCUUUGUGUUGGACCUAAAUGUUGAAUCCUUUUUCCGUGUGCACACUGCAUUAUGGGGGCUUCUAGUGCAAUAAUAACAAGAUGGGGAGGAAGAGUAGAACAAGACAUGGAUUUCUAUUGCCAUUCAAAUAUACAAUUUGUUUGGUUGUACCAAUGGAGUUAAUGAAUCAGAGAAAUGGAAUCCCUAGAACCGGGAUCUACAUUUUGUUCUAGGGAUUAUAUUUCUAGGAUAACAGCAGAAGUUAUAAUGCAAGAAAGAAGUAAAUAAAUAAUAUAUAUCAUUCAUGACUAGUAGGGCAACAUAUAGGCUUCAUAUCAAAUGAGGUACAUCGUCAAGUGUAGCUUAUUUUAUAUUAAACUUUCAACUCUGAUCGGUGUGUUAGACUAUAAUAUUGUCACUGGGGUUUUUUCCCUGACCAUUGUUGAUAUUAUCUGCUGUUUACACAGUAAAUGAACAGGUAAAAUCUCAAUGUCUUAGACCUAUUAUCAGAGCUAAUCCUCUCUCGCUCUUGCUCUCUCUCGCUCUGUCUGUGUGUGUGUAAGCUACAUAUUACACCUGUUUAGAAGAAUAGGGUAAGAACCCUUUUGAAGAGCUGCCAUGUUGUGAAUAUUUCUUAUAUAUAUAUAUAUUACAGCUUUUUUCCCUAUGAUUCUUCAGCCUUUAAUAUUUAGUGUUUAUGCCUGCACUCGAAUGACUUAAGCCCAAAUGUCUUAAACAUGUCUAUACGCUCUAGCGUAUUUAACAUGUCUAUACGCUCUAGCGUAUUUAACAUGUCUAUACGCUCUAGCGUAUUUAACAUGUCUAUACGCUCUAGCGUAUUUAACAUGUCUAUACGCUCUAGCGUAUUUAACAUGUCUAUACGCUCUAGCGUAUUUAACAUGUCUAUACGCUCUAGCGUAUUUAACAUGUCUAUACGCUCUAGCGUAUUUAACAUGUCUAUACGCUCUAGCGUAUUUAACAUUUCUAUAAGCUUGAUAAGAGACGUGUCGUGUGAAGUGUUUCAAUUGGGGUUGGUAUCACGGACACUGAUUUUUAGGCUAGUCCUGGACUGGAAAACGAUUUGAAUGGAGAUUCUUGGCUUAAUCUGUGUCCGGGAAACUGACCCUUACUGAAGUGCCACGUGAUUUGAGUCUCUAACUGUAUAUCUUCUAAGUGCUUAUGUUAAUAACCAGCGUUGAUGUCUUCGUAAACUAUGACACGCUGGCCAUAAUAUGACCCACCUGUUUAUCUGUAUGUAUGAAGAUGAUGCAUCCUAGCCAUGCUUCUCUGAUGUACAGAUAUGUCCUCAUUUGGUAAAACUUCCUAUUGAUACCCUCUUCACAGUGCAUUAUAAGUGCAUUUAUAGUGCCUUAUGAGCUAUAUAUAAUGCACGACAUAGACAUACAGGAAGUGUUACGCCUUUAUUUAUUACAAAUGUCAUAUCUUUUUUCAAUCUGCUCUAUUUUGUGGAAGAUGUUUCUAAUAUAAUGUCUCUGUGGCAGCUCUAAAUAUUUUCUACACCUUUUUUUGGGGGGGGGGGUAACCAAGAACCGUAAAGGGUUCUUUGUUAUUUCUGUAUAAUCCUUUUUGGUUCCAGGUAGAACCUUUUUUUUUGGUUCCAGAACCUUUAACCAAAAGGUUCUUUUGAGGGUUCUUUGUUGGGUGAAAGAGUUCUGCCUGGAAGCAAAACAGUUCUACAGGGACAGCAGAAGAAACCUUUAGGAACACUUUUGAUGGAGUAUGCGUGUCUUUAAUAACAGACGGACCACGUCUUCAGUGCUAGUACUACUGACAGGCAUUGGAAAUGCACUUGUUUUAAUUUUAGUUUUGUUUUGUUUAAAUGUUAUGUUUGACUUUCCAUGGCUCAAUUUAUGGGUCAGUUCAAGUAUAAUAUUGUCUUUAGUCAAAUAUCCAGUUUGUAGUGUGUGUGAGUACAUCAUUUUUAUUUGUAUUGGAAGUAGAAAUAUGUGGAACAGAGCUGCGGUUAGCACUGUGAUCAUUCCACUACUACAAACUCCUUAUUCAACUAUGGCUGAGAUUUAAAGUGUCUAUAAUUUGUCCAGACGUAACAUUUUAAACUUGCUACUUGUCUGUUGUGUUUAGUUAAAUCUGGGUGGGCCCAUGUAGUCUGUUUUCAUCCCAAAUGGCAAUAUUCCCUAUAGUGCACUACUCUUGACCAGAGCCCUAGUCAAAAUGGUGCACUAUACUGGGAAUAGGGUGCUAUUUGGGACUCACCCUGUGUAUCCUGUUCCCAUCUCCUUUCUAUUGAGGCAUGAUGUGAUUGCUGACAUCCAGUAACAUGACCAUUUAUCUCAGGAAGGCUGUUUAGAUUUCAAUAAUACUAUAAACAUAUGAAAUUAAUCAUUAUCUGACUCAAAGUAAAUGGUUUUUUUUAAAUGAAAAGAUUUAAAAGCCCUUUGAUGUAACAUUACAUCGUUUAACUUGCAAUGGAAAGAGAGCUGUGAUCUGACCUACUCUGUAAAUGCAUAUACACCUGUAUGUUAUCAGUAGGCUUUUACUCUUGGCAAGUUCAAUGUUUGAAGAUAAACCACUUGAUGGGG